UUUUUACACAUCCAACACAAACACUGUCACCUAACCGAGUUAAUUUCCUACACACACUAUUUAUCAAAAGUAACACCAAACACAAACAAACUUGCACUCUCUCUCUCUCUCUCUCCAUGGACUUUCAUCUGAAACAAUGGAGAAACCAGCAUGAGUCAGAACAACAACAACAUUCUACAAAGAUGCCAAAACUUGCUCUUCAGCCUGCACUAUCUCAUCAACAACAAUCUUCUGUUACUCCUGCACUUCCUUUCUUUGUACCUCAACCCAACAACACCAAAGUCACUAACAACUUGUCAGAUUCCACAUUAUCACCUUCCUCCAACAGAUCAUUUCCUAGAAUGGGAAGCCAUUUUAGCUUGUCUCAGUGGCAAGAACUUGAGUUACAGGCUUUGAUAUUCAGGUACAUGUUGGUUGGUGCUUCUGUUCCUCCUGAACUUCUUCAACCUAUCAAGAAAAGUCUUCUUCAUUCAUCUCCUUAUUUUCUUCAUCACCCUCUUCAACAUUAUCCACCUGCAGCUUUGUUGCAAACGGGGUAUUGGGGAAGAGGAGCAAUGGAUCCAGAGCCCGGUCGUUGUCGGAGAACCGACGGCAAAAAGUGGCGGUGCUCGAGGGAUGUGGUGGCUGGACAAAAGUACUGUGAAAGACACAUGCAUCGUGGUAGAAACCGUUCAAGAAAGCCUGUGGAACUUCCCACACCAACUAGUGCCGGUGCUGGUAGUGCAUCUUUCAAUGCUUCUUCCACUAUUUCUUCUCAGCCUCUUGUUACUUCCUCAAUGAAAUCUCCUUUCAAUCUUCUUCACCUUAAUGAACGUUCAUCUGGAAGCAAUAAUGAAGAGAAGAGAUUAUUUGAAAACGAAGAUGAUCAUGUGGGUGGGGAUGGAAGAUCAGGUGGGCAAAUGCUAAGGCAUUUCUUCGACGAUUGGCCGAGAUCACUGCAAGAAUCUGACAAUGGUGGGUCAUCCUCCACAUGUCUUUCAAUAUCAAUGCCAGGAAAUAAUAACACCAACAAGACUAGUUCAUCUUCAGAUGUGUCAUUGAAAUUGUCUACCGGUUAUGGUGAAGAACCAUGUCCUAGAAAUGUGAAUGUGGGCCUAGAAACUGAGCAACAACAGCAACAACAAAUUCAAUUGAAUUGGGUUGGAGGAUGGAAUUCAGGUAAUCAAGUGAGUUCUUCAAUGGGAGGACCACUUGCUGAAGCACUUAGAUCAUCAUCCACUUCAACUUCUUCACCUACUAGUGUUUUACAUCAAUUGCCACGUUCUUCUGCUUCUGAGACCAGCUACAUUAGUACUUGAGUUUAGUGGUUGGUGCUUUUUAUUAACUUGUGUUCUUUUUUUGGGGAAUUCUUGGACCACGAAACACGUUUUGUAUCAAUCUUAUGACAUAUGUUUGUUGCUGACUUGUUGUUGGGAAAGAAAGGGAUCAUUGAUUCAUCAAUAUUUCAUUAUGUUUGAUUAUCCCCUUGAGUUUCAUUCUAAUGUCAUAAGAUGCAUUUUGUCGCAUCAAAACUUUGUCUCAUGAAUGAUGAAUCCCACAAUUUUUGUUUUA